AUGGUUGAGCCAGCAACAGCAACCCAGACAGCAGCUCCGGUAAUGCCUCAGCUGAAAGAUGAGCUUGACAUUGUUAUACCCACGAUAAGAAACUUGGACUUUCUCGAGAUGUGGAGGCCAUUUUUCCAGCCCUACCACCUCAUCAUCGUUCAAGAUGGUGACCCUUCAAAGACCAUCAAGGUCCCUCGUGGCUUUGACUAUGAGCUUUAUAACAGGAAUGAUAUCAACAAGAUUCUGGGCCCUAAGGCUUCUUGCAUUUCCUUCAAGGACUCCGCUUGCCGUUGCUUUGGUUACAUGGUGUCUAAGAAGAAGUACAUUUUCACCAUCGAUGAUGACUGCUUUGUUGCCAAGGACCCAUCAGGCAAAGCAGUGAAUGCACUUGAGCAGCACAUCAAGAACAUUCUAUCUCCAUCAACUCCCUUCUUCUUCAACACCUUGUAUGACCCUUUUCGAGAUGGUGCUGAUUUCGUCCGUGGAUAUCCAUUCAGUCUCCGUGAGGGUGUCCCGACCGCUGUUUCUCACGGACUGUGGCUAAACAUCCCGGAUUACGAUGCACCCACCCAACUGGUGAAGCCUCUCGAGAGGAACAACAGGUUUGUCGACGCGGUUCUCACCAUCCCAAAGGGCACAUUGUUCCCCAUGUGCGGUAUGAAUCUGGCGUUCGACCGUGAUUUGAUCGGCCCUGCCAUGUACUUUGGACUCAUGGGUGAGGGUCAGCCAAUCGGACGCUACGACGAUAUGUGGGCUGGCUGGUGCAUCAAGGUGAUAUGUGACCAUUUGGGACUGGGGGUGAAAACUGGUCUGCCAUACAUCUACCACAGCAAAGCCAGCAACCCAUUUGUGAACCUAAGGAAGGAAUACAAGGGGAUUUUCUGGCAGGAAGAGAUCAUCCCCUUCUUCCAACAAGUUGUUCUUCCAAAAGACUGUACCACUGUUCAAAAGUGCUACAUUGAACUGGCUAAGCAGGUGAAAGAGAAGCUCAGCAAAGUUGAUCCUUACUUUGACAAGCUGGCUGAUGCAAUGAUCACUUGGAUUAAAGCCUGGGAUGAGCUCAACCCACCCACCGGAGGAUCUUCUGUGCCCAAUGGCAAAGCAGCUUAGAAACUUUUUUUCCAACAAAAUCACAUUUAUUAUUUAUAUUCUAUUUCACAUGCUUUUAACAGUCAGCUGCACCAUUAUUUCGCUACAGUUUUG